AUGCAGUUCCACGGUCUCACAGCAUUGUUGCUUUCCCUUUUUGUCGCAUGUGUAUGCGCACAAUCAGUUACCUCCACCACGACCUUCACAUCUACAUCCACCCACACUCGCACCAUUACCGUAUCUGAAGUCGUCGCCUCUGUUACCUCCACCUACUCCACCUACAACACCUCUGCCAUUGCACCUACCGGAUCCGUUGGAACCAUCAUCGCAUCCACAACCUCAAGAAUUGGCGCAUCGGCCUCGGCUGUACCAACCUUCGUCGGUGCAGCUUCAAAUGUUCAAGUAAGCUAUGGUGUAAUGGGAUUGUUUAUCAUGGCUGUUGCAGCGUUGCUGUAA